CGAGACUAAGAUAGAGUGUUUCUUUCUCAUAUUGUAAUUGUAUUCUACGACAUGGGGAUUAGACGUAGUAAUGAAUGUCAUAAACAGUCUAUAAACACAAAAAGAAUGAGAAAAGAUUUUAAAUAAAUAUAAAUUUUUUACCAGCAGCAAUCAUGAGAUACGCACAACUUAUUAUGGGACCGGCUGGAAGUGGGAAGUCAACAUUUUGUUCGAACAUAGUGAAGCACUGUGAAGUGAUUGGACGCUCUGUACAGGUUGUGAAUCUUGAUCCAGCUGCUGAACAUUUCGACUACCCAGUAUAUGCAGAUAUUAGGGAGCUAAUUCAUAUUGAUGAUGCAAUGGAAGAUACUGUUCUGAAAUUUGGUCCAAAUGGUGGUCUUAUUUUUUGCAUGGAGUAUUUAGCUCAAAACUUUGACUGGUUACAAGAGCAGCUGGAUGAUAUCGAUGAUGACUACAUUCUGUUCGACUGUCCAGGUCAGAUUGAACUGUACACUCAUAUCCCUGUGAUCCGACAGUUGGUGGACACGCUACAAAACUGGAACUUUCGCAUAUGUGGCGUGUUUCUCAUUGAUGCACAGUUCAUGAUAGAAGCUUCCAAGUUUGUGUCGGGUGUGUUAGCAGCACUGUCCACCAUGGUGAGCCUGGAGAUCUCUCAUGUGAACGUCCUCACCAAGCUCGAUCUGCUCAGUAAAAAAGCCAAGAAACAAGUCGAAAGGUACUUGGAUCCAGACAUGGAAACAUUAUUACAUGAAGAGUUUGAUGACAGCAAAUUUAGCCACAGAUUUAAGAAGUUGAACAAGUCCAUGGCAAAACUGGUUGAUGACUAUAGUUUAGUUAGGUUUAUUCCACUUGACCCAACAGAUGAGGAAUGCAUGAGUGAAGUUCUAAUGCAAAUUGACAUGGCGAUUCAGUAUGGAGAAGACGUGGAACCAAAAGAACCCAGGGAUGAAGCAGAUCCCGAUAGAGCUGGGGAAGAGGACAGUGGAUUUGAUGGAUGACACAGACUCCUGUAAAUUGUACCAGACCAGUCCCACAAUGCACUGCACAAGACGUGUUGGUGAACAUCAGAGACUAUAUGUUCCGUGUUAAGAAUGUGCCAGACAGAUGAACAUUAGGACUCGGACCUAGUUACUGAACAGAAACUGAGCAAGUUAAAAUGUCAAAAACAGAAACUGAUGCAGGAUUAGUUGCUGUAAAUACAUCUCGAAUAAUGUGAGAGAAAAAAAAAAAGAGGAAUGUUUACAAGUACCGAUGUGGAAUAUUAAAUUUCCAGUAUUAAACAUUUUAACAUC